GGGCAGGAAGUUGCUUGGAGGUGCUCGGUGCAGGCAAGCCUCUGCUGGUGGUAGUCAAUGACAAGCUGAUGGACAACCACCAGCUGGAGCUGGCCAGACAGCUACACAUGGACUCCCACUUGUUGUACUGCACGUGCAGCACCCUGACAGAAACUCUGAGGACUAUGGAUCUCUGUGUUCUCCAGCCCUUCUUGCCUGGACAGCCGAAGCUUUUUGCAAACUUUCUAGACAAAGCUCUCGGUCUUUCUUGAAGCGAUAAUUUUACUGGACUGCUUAGUUUAAACUAAGUUUGAUGAUGUAGUAGAUCAUGAUACUUGGUUCUUAGAUUGUAAUUGUAUAGUACACAACUGACACUGUUGAGUGUUUUCUAUUUUUGUAUGCGAGAAUAAUAUAUAUGUUAUGUCAAAUCCUUGUGUGUGCUUUGAAUUAUUUGCACAAUAAUUCUAAUUUAUUUUUUUAAGGUGUCAUACUAGCGAAAGAUUUCUUUUUUUUUUUUUGUCAAAUAAUACACUGCAGUUCAGAGAGUUCAAGGCAUAUCUGCACCUUCAGAUGGAACAAAGGCUGCAAUGGUUCAGUUCAGCAAAGACAAAGAACCGGGUAGAUGUCAAACCACAGAUGGAAGUCAGGACCUAAAGCUCUUACCUUAGAUAAUCCUGAGAGCCAUGUCCAUCUUGAUCACAGUGCAAAGUAGGUGAUUGUGCUCUUGACACAUCCUUCCUGUAUCUCACUUGUAAUUCUUUAAUUGUUAUACAGCCAAUGCAUUUAGGGUGAGCUGACCUCAACAGUCAAUUUAUGUAUUUACUUGCUGAUUUGUAAAUCUAAAGAGACCGUGUGGAAAAGUCAUGCUCAAUGCGAACAACUGAUUUUGGACGAAACAAGUUAUGGCAUCCAUUUUAUGGAGAUGUACCACUUGUAGUCUUUGUGGCAUGAAGGGAAAGUGACAGCCUUUGCUAAUAACAGCUCCUAAAUAGUUUAUCUUGUCAGGACAUUUUGAUGAUUAUGAAUUAAUCCCUCAAUUAGUAGACUGUUCACACAGGAUUAAAUAUUUUAAAAUAUAUGUAUUGGUUCGUUUGAAUGUAUAAUUGAUUUACAAUCUACUGUUUUGUUUGUGUGUGAAUGCAUGUGGUAUCGAUGUCUGUUUGGGUUCUUGUGUUGCUCUAAUUCUUUUGUUUCUUUCUAUGUUUAUGCAUUCCCAGAACUAUAGACUGUUAUUUUACUGAAGGCCAAGGGACUUAGCCCAACACUUGCUGGAUGAAACCAAAAUAAAAUGUAAAUAAAGGACUGUAUAUUUCA